AAUUAUAAUACAAUAGUGAAUUAUAAAUGGCAGCUAAUAUUGUGCCCAAUAAGUUUAUUCUUGAAGAAAUAAACUAUUUCCCAUCAGUGGUAAACGGAAGAAUAAAUUUUAUAUUAUUUAUAAAAGCAUCAUCGGAUCUUUUGAUUUUAAUUGAUCGGCUUGGAAAAAUAUUCACUCCAGUAAAGCAAGACAUACAAGGUAAUAUUGAUAAAAUAAACAAAUAUUACAAGUAUGAUGAAAACUCCUGUUUGCUUGAAUUAAUGCUUGAAGAGGUAAAAAAUGGGAAACCGUUGGGUGCAGAAGGUGUUCUUUGGCUUAACAGAGCAUUAUUAUUUUUCGAGCUGACAUUUCAUGGAAUCUUGGAUAAUUUUAAAUCAGAUCCAAAUGAAGUUAACAUGAAGAAAGUAUAUAUAUCAGCUUAUGAAGGCUCUGUUAAGAAAUAUCAUGGUUGGAUGACACAACAACUCUUUAAUACUAUGUGCAGAAUGGCGCCAACAUUACCACAAAUUAUAAAAUCAUUCGAAGUUGAAAAUAAUAUAAAUAUAUUUGAAUCAAAAUUGUCCAUUUUUAAUGAAGCUUUACAUUUAGUAAGAUGGGAAAUUGACAAGUUCUUUGAAAAUAACAAUUUAUUUACUAAUAAUUUUGUUCCAUAAUACAAAGUAUUAAACCAAAAAGUUUUGUAAUUAGGAAAAUAAUUUGCCUAAGAUUCUACUAUAGGUGCUGUGUUAAAAUUAUUUAAAGGGGCUACUAUAAAGUAUUAAAAAUUGUCAAGUAUUUAUUAACAUAGAAAUUAUAAUUUUGUA